AUGUCAAGUUCUGAGCAAUCAAAUAAUGAAACUGAAUGCGAUUUUAGUGACAUCAAGCCAAUUGAAGCAUUUGAAUACCCUAAUCAAGCAUCAAAAAUGAUUUGGCGUGUCAAUUCCGAUAAUAUUUUACAAAUAUCUUCACAAAUUAUAGAAUUCAUUACAAAUAACAAGAUAUCUAUCCAAAUGGCGCUUCAUUUGAUUGAUAUUUUUUCACAACCUCGUGAUAAAGAUAUUAAAUUAUUAGCAGAACUUUAUCUAAAGAUAUCAAACGCAUUUUCAUACAUUCAUGAACCGGAAAAUAAGAGAUUAGCUACGCUUCUACAUUAUCAAGGAUUCAAAUUUGAAAACUUCAGACCUAAAAUGAAAGAAGAAGAAAUUCUGAAUUUAUAUUCAACAGAAUCUCCUUUAUACUAUAUUGCAUGGGAUAAAGUUGAUGAUCUUAAGAUUAAAUUCCCAAAUCUUGACAUUAAUGAGAAAAUUGAUUUUGAAAUCACACCACUUAACUGUGCAAUUAAAUAUGGCUCAGAAUUGUGUUUCAAUUACUUGAAAAAUUUAGGUGCUCAAUACAAUGAAUACUCCGAAAAAUAUGCUGUUCAAGGCGGAAAUAAAAUUAUUUUUAUGCAAAUGAUAGAAGAUGGUAAAUCAUUUGAUAAAAUGAUUAAUAUAGCAUUGGAUUACCGAAACUAUGAAAUUGCUGAGUAUCUUAAAUCAAAUUUUGGGCAAACUCCUGAUUCAAUAGCAGAAAGUAUGCAUUUCGGAAAUUAUGAUAUUGCAUCUUAUUUACUUUCUAAUGGGGAAGAUAUCAACAAAAUUUAUAAUCUCUUUCUUUUCAUAUUAAUCAUCAUUUUAUACCAUUCUCUUUCUUUUCAUAUUUAUCAUUGUUAUAUUGGAUUCUCUUUCUUUUCAUAUUAA